AUGCUCGGUACAAACCUUGCGUGUCUAUUUACUGUUCACUCUUCUCACAUCAAUCUCAUACCCGCUCUGAUUUACAAAAUCCUAGUAUGGCGCCUGAAUAUCUGGAUCACAGGUAGAACACUCUCUGGCGGUAUUGUGAAUCUCACCGUAGGGCCCUCGGAGACCCCGUUUGAUGUCCAUAUCGAGCUACUGUGCGACCGAUCACCGUACUUUGACAAUCUACUAGAGAAUCGGUAUACCGAAAUAUCCCUUCAAGAGCUCGUGUUCCCCGAUGACGUCCCCGAAGUCUUUGCCGACUUCAUCUCCUGGGUAUACUGCGGGAAAAUCAGCGGUGCUAGGAUUGCAAGAAAAUUGUCUCGGUCACUGCAUUUAUUCCAGCUAUGGACACUUGCAGAGAGAUUCCAAGUACCUGAACUUCAAGAUAUAGCCUUUGCAAUUUGCAAAGAGCUCUUAGACGCCGAGCCUGCUAAGGUUGUAGGCUCCGAGGCCGUUCAACAUGCUUACUCGCAUUCCAGUCCAGGCUCUAGUAUCCGCCAACUUGCAGUGGAUAUGUGGGCAGCGAGGGCAUCGGAUUUCAAAAUCCUGCGAUCCCGGAUGAACUUGCCUUCAGAAUUUAUAGCAGAUCUGAACGCCACCCGGCUUAGAACUCAGAAGUUGUUCGCGUUUGAGGUAUACAUGCUCCAUCCUGUCACCAACCAUGAUGACCGUCUAUGUACGUUUGUCACUAACCUGAACUACGCAAAGGCUGAAAAGGAUACCCCCGAUACUCCUUUUUCAGUUGCACCAAUUUCCAAGCAGUCCGAACCUACAAUUUCAGAUGAUUCACCGCGUCGCGCGUCAGCGGCGCAACUCGCCCAUAACAAAGAUAAAGCCCUUUCUUCUUGGCGGCGAGAUCCUGAUCAGAUAUCCCGACUGCCGCCGCAGGUCCUGAUUUUUACGACUCCGGUAUCCCGAGCCCUUGCACCGUCAGCAUCAAGACUACCAAGAUCUGGCCGACGUAAAGUCCGAGUUAAGCUGCCACCGUCAACAGACCCGUCAUAUACCAAGUUCUCGACGAAGUCAAUUUUGGGCGAACUAUACAGGAUCGAAAAUAAUGGUGAAAAGGUGUAA